AUGGCUUACAAUAAUCGCAUGAGCCAGCAAUUCCAUGGCCAACAGCACAACCGGUCCCGCAAGAAGGAAGAUGACAAUGACGCACUAAUGCGCCUGCCCGACAAGGAGAUCGCAGGAUGCAUCAACGAUAUCGGGAUCCCGUUUAGCGCGGCCGACCUGGCCAAGCCCAAUCCCCAGCAAAUCCAGAUGGUGUUUGAAUGGUUCGCAGAAUUGCUCAUGAAUGUCACACGUGAGACAGUUGAACCCGCAAUGCAUGCAGCUGCAGAAGAUAUUUGUGGCGACUAUCCUGAUAUCGUGUCAAACGAGACGCGCAACCUCAUGGGAUUCUUUGUCAGCCUUAGGGCGCUGUUAGCAGAGUGUGGUGUCAACGACUUCACCUUUACCGACCUGACAAAACCAACCCAUGACCGACUCGUUAAAAUCUUCUCCUACCUUAUUAACUUUGUGCGCUUCCGCGAGUCACAAACUCCUGUUAUUGACGAGCAUUUCAACAAGACUGAAAAGACUAAGACUCGCAUUGAAGAACUUCAUGCAGAGAAUCAGGAAAUGGAGCUACGCUUGGCGGAAAUGCGACGUAAUCAACAGGCAAAUGAGAUACAGGUGCGCGAGAAAGUCAGCCGGAAUGAUGAGCUCAAGGCCCGGCUAUUGGAAUUGGGCCGAGAACAGUCACGGGUUGCCGAGACACUUGACCGAGUCAAGGGCGAGCGAGCGCGGCGACAGCAACAGCUGGAAGAGAAGACAGAGAGAACCCUGCGGAGCCGGCAGGAGGCUGAAAAGUUGCGACCAUAUGUUUUGGAAUCUCCGGCCUCUUUGCAGUCUUCUUUGGCCGAAUUGACUGAGAACUUGAUGCGCGAAAAAGCCCAGAUUGACGCAAUGGAAAGACGCGCUAGGGCACUACAGACAUCCUCGGACACAUUUACGGUUGUUUCGAAUGAUGUCCAGGCAUGCGUAAAACUUCUAGAUGAUAUUACCACUGAGUUACAGAAGGAAGAAGAAGAGGAAUCUCGUGCUGCUCGGAAUAAGGAUGCAAUUUCAGACCGAGGCGCCAGCGUGCGAGAGGUGGAGCAGACCGAGAAACUCUUGCAGCGUCAACUCUCCCGUUGGAAUGAACGGAUUGAAACUAUUCGCAGAAAUGCGCAAGAUAAGGCGGAGGCUGCGCAAGCACGAAUGGAAGAGCUCCGAGCUGUUCAAAAGCAGCUUCGCGAGGAACGCGCAGACAAGCAGCGUGAUAUGGAGCGAAGGCGAAUCCGCAUCGAGCAGACAGAGAAGAAGAUGGUUGAUCUCAAGGAGAACAUUGAGAGCGAAGUUCAAGCGGCUCAUGACCAGUAUCUAAAGCUAGAAUCACACAUCAAGCUCUACAUAUCUGAGAUGGAAAAGUCGCUGUGA